AUUUGAAUUCAGGAAUGAUCGUGGGGACGGAGACCAUGGUCCGGGGGAACGAGUCGUCAUGGAAGCUGGAGACACAGUGUGUUGAGAAACUGCUACAUCGGUUGAAGGACGAGAAGAACCUCAAAAUCGCAGAGGUUGUGCAUGAUGAUUGUGGCGCGGUUGACGUCAUAUUGCGGCGAAUGAACAUUGACUCACAAAAGUGGGUGUCCACGAGAGAAAAGGAUGAACUCGUUGAGAUUGUUUGGGGUGUGCUCUUCCCCGACGAAGCAGGGAAAGCGUUGCCAGAUGAUGUCGCCGAGAUCGACGCAUUGCAAACACUGCAUUGCAAUGUGGCGGAGGAGGCGAAGGAGUGGUUGUACGACGCUUGCAGGUUGCGCGAGCACGCAAAGGAUGACAAUGGCGAUGUGUUGGCCACGCAUGUGCAACACCUCGCCGAUCAUUGGGCCGGGGAUCACUCCUGUUGCGAUAAGAAGUUGUCCAACCUGUGCAAAGCGGCUGGGGGUCCGGACAGGGAUCCAUUGUACGAGGCGGGGGGGCGUGUUCAUUUCGCCGUCGCGCGCUGUCUUGAACAGUUCGCUUCGAAUACAAAGAUGGCGUACUACACAUGUGCGGGGAUGACCUUCAACAACGAGUGCUUCCACUCCGUGAUCAACAAGUACGCAACGAAACGCCUGAACUUCCCCAAGUCGUAUGAGGCGUGCGUGUGUUGCACCGCUUUGGAGUGGAACAAAAACAAACGAAUCAGGCGAUUGCGCACAGUCUUCCGCAAACCGACAAACGUAACCCAUCGACGUCGUUCCGCACGACAGCAUAUAUACGCUGCAUGGGAUACGUCGUGGCGCUUCGACAUUGCAACUGCGGUUUUUGGCAGCCUUCGGGUCGGAGAUUGGACACGUAACAUGUUGCAGCAAUCGGACGUCGACGACCCAGUUAUUCAGCAUUAUGAUGAGGAAGCCGAUUAUGGACUCCCUGAUGCCGUUGAGAGUGCGGUGGAGGGUGUUGUGGCCGAAGGUGACAAUGUUUUUGUUAAGGCGGGAAGUGAAAGUGCUUCAGAUGACGAAAAGUCGUCUUCCGACUCCGACACCUAUGGUGCCGCUCACCGCCUCGACUUUGAUGGCGCCGUUCUUUCGCAGGAGGUGUCCGUUGCCCAGGAGUGAUAGUGUCACGUACUACAUCGAUGCCCAUUGUCGUCAUCAUAAUCAUUAGAAUGUUAUGUCCUCGAUUUGAACUGGUUUUGAGAACUG